AUGGUUAAACCCUUCUGGGUGAAGGUGGUGAAGGGGGUAUUAUCCAAGUAUUAUCCGUUAUCGCAUCACACUGUCGAAAAUCAAUACCGAGUUCGCCCACGAAUUCAAGAUGAUAUUCCAACUCUUCAAGCUCGCCAUGAUUUUCCAGUUGUCUCGAAUGUUGCUUCAGCUCCCGCAGUAUCGGCGGCGGGACAUCGUUGCCCUUGUUCUAAUUAUCAAGAAAGGCAGUUCAACGUCCUUCAAGCAGUCAACCCCGAAAAAAUUUAUGGCCUGGAAAAUAAAGUGAUUUCUUCGAAAAAAAUUCAAGAUGUGAUCGUUGAUGGCGAUCCGGAUUAUCCUUUUUAA